CAGCUCAUCAGACUCACGUCAGCCACGAUCGCAGCAUCUGAAUCCUGAUAGAUAUUGUCAAAAUGUCUGUCGCUUCCGAGACCGGAGAAUGGAAAGAGUACAAUAGCAAGGAUGGCAAAAUCUACUGGGCAAACACUGUGACGAAGGAGUCUACCUGGGAGAAGCCUGAUGCGUUGAAAUCGCCGUUCGAGAGAGCAAUCGCUACUACCAAGUGGAAGCAGUACACUACUAAUGGAAAGACGUACUUUGUCAAUAAUGUCACCAAGGAAACUCAGUGGGACAUGCCCGAUGAGCUGGUGAAGCUGCAAAAGAAGUUGGACGCAGAUGCCGCUCGAGCGAGGGGAGAAGACGAUGAAGCAGACGGGCAACGAAUGAUCACCGGUGGUGACGCUGAAGCUGAACGAAACGACUCAGCGGUAGCUAUCCGAGGUCGUUCCAGGUCCCGCUCCCCGACCCCUGAAAAAGAAGAAGAAGACGAGCUCGAAGAGAAGGAUGAUCUCGCUAUCGGUCCUGCUCCCAUGAUUCCCCCUGGCGGAUACACCAACGUCCGGGACGCCGAGGAAGCUUUCAUCUGGUUGCUGAAGAAGACCAAGGUCGACGAGACCUGGAGUUGGGACAAGGUUAUGAGGACCGUCAUCAUGGAUCCUCUUUACAAGGCUCUAAGCACGUCUGCUGAAAAGAAGAACGUGUAUCAGAAGUACAUCAACAACCUGAUCUCCAACAGGGAACAGAUUAGGAAAGAACGCUUGGACCGUUUCCGACCGUAUAUCCACCGCUUGAUGACGAGGAGCAGCAAGUACAUCAAAGCCUGGACAAGCUUCCGGACUGCAGAGGAGCGGUUCCGGCACGAAAAGUACUGGAAGGAUUUGGAAGCCGAAGAUGAGCGUCGACAAUUGUUUGACGAGUAUAUUCAUGACCUGCAGAGGAAGGAAAAGGCCGCCGAAAGAGAACUGUACGAGCGAAACAUGAAAGUUCUAGACGAGAUGAUGCGAGACCUGCCUAUCACGGUCGGGACCCGAUGGAACACGGCUCAAGAGAUGGUCCUCGACUCGGAACGUUGGAAGAAGGACAGCAAGUUGCGACAGGCUGACAACCUGGACGUCCUCAGGGCGUUUGACAGCUACGCCUUGCAGAUCAUGAAGACUCACGAGGAAAAGGUACGACGUAACAGGAUCGAGAGGAAUCGAAGGGCACGAAAGGCAAGGGAUGGCUUCCGAGCAUUGCUGAGCGAGAUGGAAGACGCCGGCAAGAUCACGGCCAAUACCAGGUGGAAGGAGUUCUUGCCCCUGAUCGAGACCCGACCUGAAUAUGAAGCCAUCCUCGGGAUGCCUGGAUCAGGCCCGUUGGAUCUGUUCCAGGAUGCGGUGGAUGAUAUCGGAGAAGCCAUCGGGGCCAGUGCGGACAAGAUCAGAACCGCGGUCGAGAAGGCUGGCAAGCGAAUCGAACUUGGCAUGACGCGGGAACAAUUCUCGGAGUUGCUUCACGAGCUGAAGAUCACAAGCUUGGUCGAUGAGCGUAAUGUCAGACAGGUCUUUGAGCUGUUGGAGGCUCAGAACGAAAAGGUGGCGAGGGAAGAGCGUAAGAGGGCCGAGCGAAGGAAGCGUCACUUGAUGGACGACUUGCGAUAUGCCAUGAAAAAGGCUGAACCUCCUAUCAACCUCGAAGGGUCGUACGACGAGGCCGCCACUAUCAUGGGACAGUUCCGCGAGUUCGAGGACCUCGAUGAGCAAGCCAGGAAGGACGUCUUCGAAAAGUUUGUCAGACGUCAGAAGGAAAAGAUUCGUGAUCGAGAAAGGGAUAGGGGACAUCAUGAUCGCUCGGAGGACGGUUCCCCUAGACAACGGGAACGACGUGACAGCCAUCGUAGGGACAGAGACGAUCGUCGGUCGGCUAGUCCAACUCGUGAAAGGGUCAAGAGAGAGUCUCACGACGCCAAGCCAGACGUUGAACAGCAGAGCAAGUCUGGGACUAGACGUCGGGACGUCGAGGAGGGUGAAGCUAGCGAUGUCGAAAUGGACAAGCAUGUAGCCAAACGUGCUCGAAUCGACGAUGUUAAAGAGGAGGGCGAAUUGUAGCGGGAAUGAUGAGGGAAUGACUUCCAGCAUUCAAGAGCCGUGUAGCGAGAUCCAGCUGUAGUUGUCGAUAUGCAUCAUCCCUUUGCGUGA